AUAGGACCGGUGGUUGGUUUGGUGAGUCGAUGCAAUCAGUGUCGAGCCACAGCGGAAUGCAGCGGGUCCUAUGUACGGUGCUGUUGUGCGCCGCCGCAGUGCACGCGGCGAGGAUCCUGGCCGUGUUGCCCACCAACACUAAGAGCCACUACGCGAUGUACGGUCGCAUUAUUGAUGCCCUCGUUAAGAGGGACCAUCAUUUGACCGUCAUCACACACUUUCCCUCGAAACAUCCACCGUCGAAUAUGGAGCAGAUUAGUUUAGAAGGAACGAUACCUGAAAUAACGAAUAACUUGACGAAGCAGCAACCCACGAUCAAACCUAAUUUCGUUCGUAAUUUGGAACAGAUCAUAAAAGAGUGCCUCCAUGCGUGUGAGGUUGUAUCCCAAAUGCCUGGAGUCAUAUCGUUACUGAACUCUACGGAGAAGUUCGACCUGAUUAUAAUUGAAGUGUUCGGGAGCGAAUGUUUUCUACCAUUUGGGAAAAGGUUUGACGCACCAGUCGUAGGAUUACUGUCAAGUGUACCGUUGCCGUGGGUGAACGACCAAAUCGCGAAUCCAGAAGGACCAUCUUAUAUUCCAGCUUAUGUCACAGGCUACGGUCAAAAAAUGAAUAUAUUUGAACGUUUCUUGAACACUAUCGCUAUCAACUGGGCUAAAAUAAUUUACCGAUACAAGUCGCAGGCAGCUUCCCAGGCAAUUGCAGACAGAAUGUUUGGACCCGGCGAUAAAUUGGAAACAUUAGCACAAAAUUAUAGUUUGAUUCUGUCAAACAGUCACUUUAGUAUAAAUGAAGUGCGACCUUUAGUCCCCGCUCUGGUAGAAGUCGGUGGACUGCAUCUCAACGACGCGCAGGCCAUGCCAAAGAAUUUGCAAAAUAUUUUAGAUAAUAGUAACGAAGGUGUUGUAUACUGGAGUUUUGGAUCCAUGUCACGGAUAGAAACAAUACCGUCUGACAAACUCGCACAAAUAUUUCACGUGAUGUCGCAAUUGCCUCAAAUUUUCCUAGUGAAAAUGAAUCGAGCGCUGCUAUCCAGCAAUCUAACAGUCCCAGAAAAUGUCUUCACGAUGGAUUGGAUACCUCAGUACAAAACAUUGUGUCACCCGAAUGUAAAAGUUUUCAUUUCGCAUGGUGGGUUACUGGGCACUCAAGAGGCAGUAGCUUGCGGGGUUCCGAUGCUAAUUCUACCCCUGUACGCGGACCAAGCGCUAAACGCGAGAGCUAUGAAAGACCGUGGCCUUUCCCUUACAUUAACCCUACAAGAAAUUACAAAGGACACAUUGAAAGAAGCUUUACAAAAUUUACUCAGUGAUCACAGAUUUAAAGAGAACGCAUUAAAGAUCCGUGAGAGGUUUUUGGAUCGGCCGAUGCCGCCGUUGGAAACGAGCGUCUAUUGGAUAGAAUAUGUUUUGAGACACAAGGGGGCGUCGCAUCUUCGUUCGCCGGCCCUAGACUUGUCUUUGACACAAUAUCUUCUGCUAGAUGUACUUAUAAUAUGUGUGACGUUAACAGCGAUGACGACAUAUAUUUUAUAUAAAUUAUUUCGCUAUCUAUGCACGCGAUGCAUUCGGUGGUGGCCCAAACAAGCCAUGGCGCAAAAGACUCUGUUUAGAAAAUCUAUUACGAUUUUACACACCUUUAUGUGGGUGUACAAAAUAAAAACAAAUUAGUUGUGCAUAGGCUAACGGUAGUGUGAAUAGUUUUAUUUUUAGAAAAUAUGUGCAUAUUAAAUUAUUUGUAUAUUUAAUUUUAAAUACAAUGUGUUCAUU